CCUGACUGACAAAACCCAACAGCCCGUUGUUGUCGGUUGCCACCACCACCAAACAACACCACACAGAUCAAACCUCACCACCACCACCACCGCCACGAGAGGAGAAGCAGUAGCCCAUAUCGUCCCGCCAAACGCAAACAAGACGGCAUGACGACGCGUGGGCCAUCGGCGAAGACGGUUCGCCAAGGCAGCGCCCGUCGCCGUGCACCACCACCACCACCACCACAGCCAACAACCAUCCCGUCGUCCUCGUUCUCAACAACGGCGCCAAGCGGGGUCAUCGGCCAAGCAAUGGACCCACUCAACUACAACCCGCUUGAGGACAAGUAUCUCUCUGGCUUCCUCAGCCGUCCACACAUGAUCAAGCACCUCCAAAAGGCCGGCCUCAUCACCAAAGAUGGCAUGGUGCGUACGGAGCGGGAGGUGAAGAACCUGUGGCUGCAGCGGGAGCGUAGCCGCGAUGGUGAUGACACAACACGGCCCCAUCACCGCAGCCACCGCCAUCCCCGCGGCCAUCGCCACGUCUCACACCGAUCAGCAUCGCUGGCCAGUCCGACGCGCGGCCGGCUCGACAGCGACAUCUCCACAGCAUCGAGCGCGUUUACGAGCCGCUCCCCGUCUCCGAGCAAUGCAAGCGCAAUGACAGAUGCGAGCGAGGCUGUACACCCGCGCAUCAUCAAGUCCUCCACGCUGCCCGUCGACAGCGAGGGCCAUUACCGUGGCUCGCGCGGCAGCCAGAGCGACACGCUGUCCUCUUCGUUCACCAAUGACGACGACGACGACGACCAUGUGGAUUACAAUGAUGAUGGUGAUGGCCACUACGACGGUCGUGAUGGUGCCAGCGAUUAUGAACACGGCACCAGCAGCCGCCACCACCUGUCCACCAGCGAUUCCCACCAUCACCACCAGCAGCAGCGGCAGCGGCAGCAGCGUGAUGACGGCAAGGUGUGUGCCAACAACACCAGCACGAGGUCGCUGCGUCGUGGCGGCGUGCGUCCGCUGUCUGACCGCCCGCGAAGCGCUGCAACGCGUGGAGCCGUCGCCACCACAACACGCGCCACCCGCCCAAAGUCAUACCACCACCACCAUCAGGAGCGUCAGCAGGAGCGUCGUCAUCUUCAGUUUCAGCGUGACCACCGCAUGCGUCCGCGUAUGGGCCAUGGCGUGGCGCAUCCAGCGCCGCCACCGCCACCAUCAACAGCUGCAUCGGCGCACCACCGCCUGCAUGAGUCACGUGGGCGCCGCCGCUUGCCGCCGAGUCCCUCCUCCCAUCGUCGCCGCCUGCCUGCAGGCAACGCCAUGUUCCGCAACACCACCAGCAGCGCCAGCAAUGGCGGCAGUGCUGUUGGGCGGUCGAGAGGGCGUGUUGUUAGCGCACGUGGAGGGGCUUCCUCAUCCAUUUCCGCGCCAACACCACGCCUCGCCGCCACACAGUCAUCCAUGUCCGUCGCACGACGCGAGCAAGUGCAGACGUCGGCUGUGCUGAGUAGCAGCCGCUCCCUGGCUGCCGGCCUGCGCACAACAGCCGGCGACCUCACUCGUCGAUACAAGCAGCAGCAGCCAGCCACCAUGACGUUCCAGUUUCUUGGCGCGCGCCAGCUGGGUCGCGAUAUGCUUGCAGGCAUGGCCACCGUGCAUGGCGUCAACGCCCAGGCGCCAGUGCAGCUGGUUGUCAAGCAGCAAGUGGCUGCGUCGUCCGUGGUGGUCCUGCGCCAGCACAUUUUGCCAAAUGAAACGUUUAGCAUUCAGUCGCGCCGCAAGCCAUCCCAGGGCCUGGGCCUGGUGUUCAUUGCCAACGGCGUCACGCUCGCACGCCUCUCCUGCUGCUGUGAAUACAAGCACGCGCCAGGCACGUAUGUGUGCCAGAAGUCGAGUGGGCUGCGGCUACUGCACGUGACAGGCGGCGGACCGUGCCUCCGGUGCCGCGUGGACGCGUUCAUUGCCAACGAGGACCACAAGUCCCACGUCAACAAGCAGAAGCAGGAGCGCAGCACGGUGUCGACUGUUGCUGCAGAGGCGGAGGACAUGGCAGCGCUGAUGGACGCAACGCCCCAGCCCACGGGCGCAACGGAUGAUGAGGAUGAUCACCAUGGUCGUGAUGGUGAUGGUGAUGGUGAUGGAAAGGAGGGAGAGGCAGACGGUGAAGAGGACAAGCAGCAACAGGCGGGUGCUGCUGGCGAUGGUGAGCAUGGCGAUGACUACGAUAGUAGCAGCUGGGACAGUGCAAGCGACGCAGACGAUGAUGAAGCCGACCGGGAUGACGGUGAUGAUGCGGCCGCUCGAGCUGACAACACAACGCCAACGCCAGCCUCUGAGCUGCUGCAGGACGUGUGGGUGAGCGGUGGCCGCGUGCACUCUGCCCCGUCCAAGGACGUGCAAGCAGCUGUUGCCACCACAAAGCCCGAUGCUGCUGAUGCUGCUGAUGAUGGUGGUGGUGAUGGGUAUGGGAGCGAUGAAUUUGAGGAUGAUGAUGAUGACAAUGAUGACAAUGCGGGUGACAGCGAUGAUGAUGGUGAUGAUGGUAAUGACAGGGAAGAGGAAAGGGAGGAUGAGGAGGAAGCAAGUGCAGAUGCAAGCGAGGAGAAGACGGAAAAAGAAGACACCACCUCACCGGAUGAUGCCCACAGCGCAGAAGCGCAGGAAGAAGCCGCCACCACCACCACCACUGCUGACGACGAUGAUGGUGAGGAAAGCGCAUCAGCCAAGCAGCAGGACGGAGAAGAAGCGGAACAAGAAGAGGAAGGGGAAGAACAGAACAAAGAGGCAGAACAGAACAAAGAGGAAGAAGAGGCAGAACAGAAAGAAGGGGAAGAGAAAGAAGAGAAGGAGCAGGGAGACAACGGUGGCAGCACGAGCAAUGGCAGCGAGGAUGCAUUGUUGCCGUCGCCUCCUCCCGUUGCUGCUGCAGUGGAUGCAGCUGUUGCUGAGCGUACGCUGGGCGUUGUGGACCGUGACACGCUGCUGUCACAGGCGCAGGCGGAACAAAAUGCCAGCUUGCUCAGUCAAGCAACGGUCCUGCGCAGCGUGGAGGAGCAGCACGCCCAGGCACCGCCCCCAAAUGACACGCACAUCACCAAGGAGGACUCACAGCAGGCGUUGAAGCAGCUGCCGGCAGCCAUGAAGCCCAAGCCAAGCCCACUCAAGGUGUUGCCUGCAGGCAGCAAGCGUGCGCUGCCACGCCCACCUGACAACCCACGGUUGGGUGCGCGCGGAGGGCAGGACACGCGCGCGGCUGUCAUGCGUUCCCGCUUCCUCAGGAAGGCGAACCACGUCACCGACGACGACGGUGCUGACGCUGCUAACGCUGCUGAUGAUGGUGACGGUGCUGAUGAUGGUGACACUGGUGAUGCUGCAGUCGAAGCCAGCAAGCAGGAUGUGGUGACGAAGGAGAACCAAGAGGAGAAGCAAGCAGCCCAAGAAUCCACUGAGGAGGAGGAAGAGCAGAAGCAGGAGGAGGACAGCGCCCCAGCACCCGUUCGCUUGACAUACGCUCAGGUGGCGAAGAAGCCAGCGACAACACCAGCACCAACACCAACACCAACAACGGCUGAUGACGACAACACGGCUGAAGACGAGGCACAGACGACAGCGAAGGAAGUGAAGGGUGACGAGCAAAUGGAGAAAGAAGAGAACAAGGAGGAGACGGCCCCAGCCGAUGAGUCGAUGGCUGCUACUGAAGCGACUGCAGAGCAGAGUGAACAGACCGAGACGGACAAGAGCGCAGAUGAACAGCAGGCGGGGAGUGCGGAACACAGCGAGGCUGCGAACGCGCCCUCUGCGACACCCAGCGAAGACAACAGCUUGCCGGACGACGCAGCAGCAAAGGAGACUGAUGCUGAUGAUGGCGCUGGUGAUGCAGUUGCUGCCGCCGAUGGUGAUGGUGUGAAGCGUGAUGACGACUUGUCCAACGUGAAAACGGAGGCAGAGCAAGGCGAAGAAGUGGCGAAGAAAGAGGAGGAAGAGGAGGAAGAGGAAAAGACAGAAGCUGCUGCCGACAGUGGUGCUGGUGAUGGCGACAAGGAUGCGCAAGACGAGGAAGAAGGUAGCCACGACGCUGCCGCCGAAAGCGAAGGCAAGCAAGAUGCAGACGAGGAAGCACAUGCCACUACUGGUGCAGUCGGUGAUGCUGCUGAAGAAGAAGAAGAGGAUGAUGAUGAUGACGAGCCUGUGUCUGAGCCGCCAUCACCACCUCCCACGACGAGUGCGGUUGCCAGCGGUGGUGGUGGUGACCUGGAGCUGAACGUGUCCACAGUGUCAUGGCAGGAAGACGGCGAGGCGUCAGAGGCGUUUGACGCACCGCCACCGCCACCGCCACAGUCCCAGCCAGGCGACGAGGGCACGACAACACCAGCAGCGACCGGCAAAGACAGUGAUGGCGAUGACGACGGCGAUGAUGAGCUGUUGGCUGAUUCGAUGGGCGACGUGAGCGUCAUGUCGAUCGAUCCGCUCUCUGAAGAGUUCUCUGUUGCGCUCAGCGAAGACGAAGAAGACCAGGAUGAAGGCAAGGAGGAUAAAGACAAGGAAGCACAAGCAGAGGAAGAGGAGGAAGAGAAGGAGAAAGCAGAGGAAGAGCAAGCAGAGGCAGAGGAGAAGGAAAGGCAAGCAGAGGAGCAAGAGGAUCAGGAAGAAGCUGAUACUGAUGCGUCUCCUUCCUCUGCACGUCAUGACGGCGCAGCGGACGGCAGCACAGCUGACGAGGCAACAGCAGAGCCAGAGCAGAAGGCGGAAGCGUCCGCAAGCGCUGCACACACGGCAGAGACAAAGGCGGACAAUGAAGAGGAAGAAGAAGAAGAGGAGGAAGAAGGAGCAGCACCAAGUGGUGUCGAUGCCAAGGCAGAGGCUGCUUCCGCCCACGAUGAUGAUGAAGAGCCAGAAGGAGAAGAGGUGGAGGAGGGCACUGAACAACCACCAGCCACUGAAGCCGGGAAGGAUGCGCCUGUGGCGCAGCCGCAAGACGAGCAAGCGGAGAAAUCCCAGCAGGAGGAGAAGGAGGAUGAGGCUGUGGCGUCACCGGCACCAAAGCCCAUGCGACCAGCACCGCCGCCGCCGCCAACCACCGCCGCCGAGGAGAAGGAGGACGAGGAAGAGGAAGCAGAGAAGGAGGGAGAGGACAAGGAACAAGAGAAGGAACAAGAGAAGGAGGAAGGCGAAGAAGAAGAAGCAGAGGAAAAGGAGGAAGAGGAGAAGGAAGAGGACAAGAAGAGUCACGGUGAGCCUGAAACCCCUGUCGUAGAUGUGUUUGCCGACGAUGAGGAACCACAGCCCGAGACGGUGAAGACCAGUGAGGAGGAGGAAGAAGGCAAAGAGGAUGAAGAAGAGGAAGAUCAAGGGGAGAAGGAGGGCAAUAAGAAGAAGGAGGGAGAGACGAACAAGAGCACGGAGCCGAGGGCAGGCGACGACAGUGACAAUGACGACGUGGACGAUGCAGAUGCCGCGCCAGAUGGGUACGAGAGCGACGUGUCUGUUGCGGAGGUGCUGAAGAAGGUUGAGGACUCCACAGCAUCGCUUGGGGAGCACGUCAAGGCCGAUGAGGAGGCGGAAGCAGAGGCAAAGAACGAGGAGAAGGAAGGCGAAGUUGUGGCGGGGAGCGAAGAGGAAGAGGAGACGGCAGCAACGGAAGAAAAGGAGGAGAAGCACGGUGGUGCGGAAGGCGACAAGGCAAGCGAGGGCAAGGAGACGGACGACGACGAUUGGAGCGAUGAUGAGGAUUCAGAAGCGGCACAGACCAAGGCAGACGCAGCAGAACAAGAGAAGCAACAGGAAGAGGAGAAGGAAGAGGAGAAGGAACAAGUUGUCAGUAAUGAUGACGGUGCUGAUAGUGGUGCUGGUGCUGCGACGGCUGACGAAGACAAGGAGGAAGAAGAAGGGGAGGGAAGCAGUGAAGCCACAGCAGCCCGUGCGAAAUCUGAUGCAGAGGCACUGAGCCAAGCCAAGGCCGGUGAAGAUGGCAGUGAUGAGCAGCCUGCGGCGGCCGUGUCCUCAUUGAAGAACAGCACGACAGCUGGCAUCACCUCACCCCCACAGCGGCCCAAGCGCCGUGUUGUGAAGCUGCCGCCUGCCCGUGCACUCACAGAGACCGGCGAUGUCAGGUCGUCGCUGAAAGGCAGCCGUCCCGCCGAGAAGAAACCGCGCACACGCGUUGGAUUCCAGACAACCGUGAGCGUGCGCCGUUACACGCCCAUGGAAGGCGAACACGACGGGGCCAUGCUGCAUCCGAACCUGGAUCGGCUUGACGAUGACGACGACGAUGAUGACGAUGAGAGCGACACGGACAGCGAGGACGACAGCAAGACGAGGAGCAGCGGCAGUGGCAGUGGCAGCGGUCCAAUCCACACCAGGGCUGCCGGCGGGCGGGCGCGUGGCCCGAAGGCAGCCCCUGCGCCCUCGCCGCUUCGCCCCGACAAGUUCAACCUGGCGCUGUUUGACUCUGCCCUCGACGGCUUUGACAAGGCCAUGGCGGAGAUGGAGGGCAACGAAAGCAGCAGCAAAGACAAGAGCAGCAUCAGCAGCAAAGCGGCCACGAGUACCGGCAGCGGCAAGGGCGAUGGCGAGGCAAAGGACAACAAGGCCACUAGUGCCAAUACGGGCAGCGCGAGCACGGCAGCGGGCCGUCAUCGGCGGCGCCUGACACCCCGCAACAGCAUUGGGGAGGAGGAUGAUGACCUGCUCUCUGCCGCCCGCAAGCGCUCUUCGCUCACAUCAUCAUCGACAACAGCAGCGUCGACAACAGCAGCAUCUGCGUCAUCUUCGUCAAGCGGCGGAAGAAGGACGUCGUCGUCGCUGUCAAGCCUUGCCGAUCUGCCAUCGCUCAAGUGAUGAUAUGAUGAUGACAAUGGUGACUGUGUGUGAUUGUCAUUGCACCCGGUGUGGCGUGAGAUGGCAUUUGCGACAGUGUGUUAUUUUGUGAUGUGCUUACUUACCGCCCUUUUCUAAUGACAUGACAUCAGGGUGUUGUUUGUGUUCAGUGAUGGCUUUGGUUCAGAUACAUCUAGAUGCGGGCUUGCUCUGUGUGUGUGUGUGUGCUUUUUGCUCGUUAUUUACGUCAUCGCAUGUGCUUGAUUGACCCUCUCCCUUGUGUGUGCACACGUGUACAUAUGCUUCCACACAAGGAGAUGGGUUGUGCUGUGCGUUCAGUGUGUUUUGAUGAAGGGCGCGUGCAUUCAAACUGUUCAUUGGGCAACACAAUAAUGCGGCAUGCCAUGUAUUUGCGAGUCAAAAGCAAGGGUGGUGUUGUCAGGACAGUUGCGAGGACGAGAUGCCGAAAAGGAAUGAAACAGAAGCAAGG